AUGUUUCGUGCCCAGCAGAAUGCUUUUGACGACGCCGUCGCCAAAGCGACCGAUGAGAACCUAACAGCGGAAAACUGGGAAUUCAUACUUGAUGUUUGCGAUAAAGUCAACAAUGAAGAAUCGGGUGCUAAAGAUGCCGUUGCGGCUUUGAUCAAGAGACUGGCGCACCGGAAUGCCAAUGUGCAGCUUUAUACGCUUGAGCUAGCGAAUGCUCUUGCGCAGAACUGUGGUCUAAAGAUUCAUCGCGAGUUGGCCUCCCGGAGCUUCACGGAGGCGUUAUUGCGACUCGCCAGUGAAAGAAACACACACCAACAGGUCAAAUCGAAGAUCCUGGAGCGCAUGGAAGAAUGGACGGAAAUGUUCUCUAGCAACCCAGACUUUGGCAUUAUGGAACAAGCUUAUAUGAAAUUGAAGACGAGCAACCCCAACCUUCAACCACCUUCAAAACCGACCAAACGUCAAAUCACCGAUAUCGACCGACAAAAGGAAGAGGAAGAGCUUCAAAUGGCGUUGGCACUUUCAAUCAAAGACAAGCAGUCAGCAGAUGUCGGCCCGUCAUCAAGUGCAGCUCCCGCAACAGCUGUCUCUAACCAGCCGGAACCCUCGAGUACAGUGUCGCAGGGCAUCCCAUCUGGAACUACAGCAGCUACAGUUUCGCGAGUUCGAGCAUUGUUUGAUUUCCAGCCUUCCGAGCCAGGUGAACUCCAAUUCCGCAAGGGCGAUAUUAUUGCAGUUUUGGAAUCAGUUUACAAGGACUGGUGGAAGGGUUCGCUGCGCGGACAAACUGGAAUUUUCCCGUUGAAUUAUGUCGAGAAGCUCCCCGAUCCCACACCGGAUGAUUUGCAGCGUGAAGCACAAAUGGAAGGAGAGGUCUUUGGGCAGAUCAAGAACGUCGAAAAGCUGCUGACGCUCCUCAGCACAAGUAGUUCGGAGUUGAACGUUCGUGAUAAUGAAGAGAUUACAACGCUCUAUCAUUCCACGCUUGCUAUUCGGCCUAAGCUUAUUGAGCUUAUUGGAAAAUACUCUCAGAAGAAAGAUGAAUUCACGCAGCUCAAUGAAAAGUUCAUUAAAGCCCGAAGGGAUUACGAGGCUCUUUUGGAAGCUUCAAUGUCGCAUCCUUCCCAGCCUCAAUAUGGUAGACCACCACAGCAGGCUUAUGCUUAUCCGACAGGAGCUGCACCACAAGGUUAUCCUCCAGCUCACCCGGCCGCACCAGCCGAUCAUCAACAAUAUUACAAUACCCGACCACAAGAUUCUUCGCGCCCCUAUCCACAAACAUCUCAAUCACCGGAUCCACGCAACCAGACUCCCCAGCCAUUCCAGCAACCACCAGCACAACAACCCCUUUCGGAACCUUACCAGUCUCUACACCAUCGACCUCAAUCGACAUAUGAACAUCCCCAAGAACUAGGAACUUCCGUCUACGACUCGCCUGUAGAACAGCAGCGAUACUCAUUUCAUCCGGGAUCUGCACCUCCUCAACCCCCAUCACAAGGAACCGACUAUCCGCCAUCUACAGACGAUCAACGCUCACCCAUGACCAACCACCAAUACCCAUCUCAACCGCCCCAAAUCCAACAAUAUGCAUCACAAGCCCCCUAUCCCACCUCAACAACAACAACACAACACCCCCCACCGAUCCCGACGGGUAGUCCGCAACCCCAAGGAUCAACGCCAUACCCGAGUCUGAAUGCCGGACAAGCUUAUACCGCUUACCAGCCACAGGGUCAUCCACCUGCCGCAAACUCUGUAAAUUCGAACCCCGCGUCAUAUUAUCGUUAG